GCGGCAGCGCGGCAGCACCUGAGACCUGAAGAGUUGAAGGUGGGAGGCGGUCAGGUAUAAAGCCAGACGGAAGCGGUGGCAACACUCAGUCGGUCAGAAUGCUGCCCAGGUUGCUGCUUUUGACCUUGGCGGCUGCCCUCGUUGGGGCAGCGCCGCACGAGCCGGCCGACGAACUCCGUGCCGAGGUGCAGGAGGCCCAACUGCAGUACAAAGGCGCCCAGGUCCUCAGGGUGGAGGCCGUGUCCGAGUUCCAGAAGGAUGUUAUCAAGAAGAUGCAGGAUGAACAAGUGUUGGACACUUGGCUGAACCCUGCGGCAGGCCGGACGCACGUGGACAUCAUGGUGCCGGCGACGGCUUUGGAUCAGGUGAAAGCCGAACUGCAGAACGUGAGCGCCACCUUCAGGGUGAUGAUCGCUGACGUUGAGGCGGCCAUCAAGGACGAGAACCCUGCCCUGUCAGAAUCGGAGCUGGAGGAGCUCGAGGGCCGCAAAGUCGGCAAGGCCCUUAGAUCGGCGCCUGCUUUUCCGUGGAGGCGCAGGACCACGCAAUUAGUCACGCCUUAUAACACAUUGUUUUGCUGCAAUAAGCGCGGCCAUCGCAUGACCUUCCAGAACUACCACAGAGUGUCCGACAUUCACGGUUACUUGGACUACUUGGCGCAGACCUUCCCAGACCUGGUUUCCGUGCAGACCAUCGGCUCCUCUGUGGAGGGCAGACCCCUGAAACUGAUCAAAAUUACUGGCGCCAAGGCUGGCCCCAAACCCGCUUUUUACAUCGAUGGAGGUAUUCACGCUCGUGAGUGGAUUUCCCCUGCAUCAGUGACGUACAUAAUCCAGGAGCUGGUGGAGAACCGCGAAAAGUACCCGUUCGCGGACUCCAUCGACUACUACAUCGUGCCCGUGGUGAACCCUGACGGCUACGAGUUCACGCACAACGGCGUGCGGCUGUGGCGCAAGAACAGGAAGGACGCCCAAAAGGGAAGGUGCGCCGGCACCGACCUUAACAGGAACUUUGGCUACAAGUGGGGCGGCGCCGGCUCCAGCCGCGACCCUUGCCAGGAAAUCUACGCCGGAUCCGGACCCUUCUCUGAACCUGAGACGCAGGCCAUCAGGAACUUUGUCUCGAGCCUCGGCACCACCGUCAGGGGGUAUGUGACCUUCCACAGUUACGGACAAUACAUCCUCUACCCUUGGGGCUACGACAAAAAGGUCCCUCCUGAUUACACCGAUUUGGACAGGAUUGGAAAGAAGGCUGCCAACAAAAUGAGGGAGGUCGGCGGUGCCUCGUACACGGUCGGAAAUUCUGCCAGUCUCCUUUACGCAGCCUCAGGUGGCGCUGAUGACUGGGCCAAGGGCGGUCCCAGGGUAAAGUACACGUACACAAUCGAGCUCAGGGACAGGGGUCGUUUUGGCUUCCUGCUGCCGGCCAACUACAUCUUGCCCACCGGCAAGGAAGCUCUCGCCGCCAUCCAGACCAUUUCGGAGGAAAUUGCUGCCACUGGCUGAUCUCAACUGCAACACUGCAGCUCUGGAUAUGAGAGGCUCGACGCGUUAAUUGCAAAAUAAGCCUCGUUUUAAUUUAUUUUUCCUUGAAAUAAACCAGAAUUUUUUAAUUUAUAAAGAAAAAAAGAAAG